AUGUCUGCCACACAGGGCGAACCUGACGAUGAACCAAACGACGGACAUCUGGCAACAAAAUGGCUCGGUCAAGAUGCAGUCACCAGUGUGCAUUCGCAGGCUCAGUCGCCACUGUUUCGCCUGCCCCCAGAAAUGCGACGCCUGAUCUUUCUCAUCGCUCUGGCUGAAACCAACGUCGACACCAAGCCGUACGUCCCAGGCAUUAGUGAAUCUCAUUUCAACGACGUUUCCCUGGAGCAGAUGACGGAUAUAUACACCCGACGCUUGCGGCACAGAAUGUUCGAUCUCGAGUGCCCGGCGUGGCUACGCCCGGGCAGUGUGUGUCCGCAGACCAUCCCAUUAGACCUGCUAGUCACCUUGCACAAGUUCUAUCUUGUCCACGGACCCGGCGCGACCUCUAAAAGCAGCAGGGGGCCGAAGCCGGCCCUGCAGUACAUUCCACCGCCUGGCGUCGAAGUGCGGAACCUUCACCUGCUCACUCAGCUCCGCUACUUCAGGUAUUCGCGGCUGUCACUCCAGCACCAGCUUGCCAAAGUUGCCUCGGACAUCGAGCAUCUCCAACUCACACUACGGCCGCUGAGCGCCAUCGUUCCCGGUCGUUGGAUCACCCUUUUCCAUGAACCGUUUCUCGUGAAUCCCUACACUUUGUCGUCUACCAGCCUUGAGGACAUGGAAUUCACUCGGAAGAGGAUGGCGCGUGGCGAGACCCUGCAAAUCGCAACGGAUGGGUGGGCUGGCGCCUUCUUAGAUUUUCCUGCCCUCAGAACCUUGACCAUGGAGUUCGACCAUAAUGAAUUGCAGCAAGAGAAUCUCGAGAGGCUCGCGCAAUGGUCGCGCCAGUGGAGGCUCCCCUUGCCAGGAAACCGUGUUCUCGUAAGCGAAACCCCGCCGUCCAUGCGCACAUGGAGAGUGACCCCGGUAGUAUCCACCGAACCCCGCAAGUCCCGCUUCCGGCAACGGCGACGGUACUUGGCGUUCGCUACCUACACAGGUCUCAUCGCCGUGAUCUCGGAUCUGCGUAGACGGUGCUACUGCGACUUACCUGAGAAUCAACCGUCAGCAGCCAUGGUCCUCAAGUAUUCCGUCCCCGGAGAGCACAUCAACCUCCAAGGCGGCUGGCCAACCCCGCGUCUCCAUCCCGCCGCGGCCCUGGAGCAGGCCUCCGCCCGGCUGUUCUCUGGGCCGGACAUCCAGCAGCUGCUGCGCUACGGACCGGGCCAAGGAGUGCCGGCCCUGCGCGAAAACCUGGCCGCAUGGCUCACAGAGGAGUAUCAGCCCUCGGCGGGCCCCAUCUCCCCUGACCGGGUCUUAGUCACCAACGGGGCGUCCAACGGGCUCGCGACCAUACUCCAGAAAUUCGCUGACCCGGGGUAUACGCGGAUCAUCUGGAUGGUCGAGCCGGCGUACCACCUAGCGGCCCCUAUCUUCCGGGACGCCGGCUUCGCCGGCCGGAUCCGUGGCGUGCCCGAGGGCGAGGCCGGCGUCGACUUCGAGUACCUGAGAGCCGCGCUCCGGGAGGUGGAGCGGGACCUCGUCCUAUUCGGCGGCGGCCCACCACCGGGUAAGUCUCCCGAGAACGGCUACCCCAAGAUCUACCGCCACGUCCUGUACAUGGUGCCGACCUUCUCGAACCCGAGCGGGCGGACCAUGAGCCUCGACGACCGCACGGAGCUGGUGCGCAUCGCGCGCGAGUUCGACGUGCUCCUGGUCACGGACGACGUCUACGACGUGCUGCGCUGGUGCCCAGAGACAGACUGCGGAUGCUUCGGGACGGGCGCGCAUCUGGCCUCGCCUCCGCGGCUGGUUGACGUCGACCGGCUGCUGCCGGGCCAGGCGCCGUUCGGCCACGCCGUCAGCAACGGCUCGUUCUCGAAGAUCGUCGCCCCGGGGGUGCGGCUGGGUUGGAUGGAGGGCACGCCGGACUUCGCCAAGACGUUGGCGCGCGUCGGUGCCACCAGCUCGGGCGGCAACCAGGCGCACCUGGCGUCGCUCAUCAUCGGGCAGCUGCUCGCCUCGGGCGACCUGCAGCGGCACCUGCGGCAGGUCCUGAUACCGACGUACCGGGCCCGGUACUACGCCAUGGUCGCGGCCAUCCGGCAGCUCCUGUACCCGCUGGGCGUGCGGAUCGUCGGGGACGAUGGCCUCACCGGCACGAGCACCAGUGCACAGCCAGCCGGCGGCUUCUUCCUGUACGUGCUGUUCCCGGCCGACGGGACCCUGCCGCACGCGGCCGAGAUCCAGCGGGUCGCCCUGGAAGAGUUCAACCUGCGCAUCGCGCCGGGCGGGCUAUUCUCCGUCGCCGACGACGACGACGGCGACGCGUCGGAGAGCAGGAUGGCACGACGGCCCCGGGCGUUUGUCAACGGCGCGAGGCUGUGCUGGGCGUGGCACGAGGAGGGCGAGUUGGUCGAGGGCAUCGAGCGGCUUGCGGAGGCGCUGAAGACGGCCAGGAGUCGGCGGACUGUGCUGCCGGGCCGAUGUGAGCGGUGA